AUGCCUGCUCGUAAACACAAAGAAGACGACCACGGUCAAGGGCGCCACAACCAGCUCACCGAGUACCUCGUCGACCUGGGCCACGGACGAAGCGUCUGCCUACGAGGCAUGUCCGACGACCUGCAGGCCAUCACCGCGACCGCCUGGCUGCGCAACAAGACCUUCGUUGAAGGCUACCUCGAGGCCAUGGCCAAAGUGCUCGUGUACCUGGUGGCCGCCUUCUCGGGCAACAUCACGCAGGCCGGCUCCAUCAUCAUGAUGUCGCUACUGCUGGUCACGGCGGGCCUGCUGGCGCUGAGCAACGCCCACGCCAAGUCGCUGCGCAACAACGGGCGCGUCGUGUCGCCCACGACGCCGGUUCCGUCGCGCAGGGGCACCGUGGACGAUCCGCCGUACCCGGGCGGCGAUCACAGCACGACAUCGUGGCCGGGAAGUAGCGGUGCGUCCGGCAUGACGGGGAUGGAUGACUGGGCCGAGAAGGGCCAGAUCGGACACGCGCUGCAGCAUCAUGGACCGUUUGACGGCGGCGUUGAUUAUAGGUAG